UGCGUUGCCGGCACAGAGGACUGGCAAAGGGUGAACACUGAGAUCCCCGUGAAGUCUCCUCGCUUUGCAGUUUUUGAUUUGGUUGAAGGCAAAUCCUACUGCUUCCGAGUUCGCUGUUGCAAUUCAGCUGGAAUUGGUGAACCUUCAGAAGCAACUGAAGCUACUGUAGUGGAUGACAAACUCGAUAUUCCCAAACCUCCUGGUCGUAUAAUGCCCACUAGGAAUACAGAUACCUCAGUUGUUGUCACUUGGACAGAGCCCCCAGAUGCCAAGGAGCUGGUUGGGUACUACAUUGAGUCAAGCGUAGUGGGAUCUGGUCGUUGGGAACCAUGCAACAACAAUCCAGUGAAAGGCACAAGAUUCAUUUGCCAUGGGCUUGUCAAUGGUGAGAAGUACAUUUUCAGAGUCAGAGCUGUUAAUGCAGCGGGACUCAGUGAAUUUUCACAGGAUUCGGAGCCUAUAGAAGUGCAAGCAGCCAUUGGGGGAGGAUUGCUUCAUGCUGCUCCAUCUCCACCUUAUGACAUCAUGGUACUUGAGAGUGUUCGUGACUCGAUGGUAUUAGGAUGGAAACAACCUAAAGUCACUGGCGGAACUGAAAUUACCGGCUACUAUGUGAACUAUCGUGAAGUGGUUGAUGGAGUUCCUGGGAAAUGGAUGGAGGCCAACAUUAAGGCCAUCAGCGAGAGGGCAUACAGGAUUCAAAACCUGAAGGAAAACAUGGUGUACCAGUUCCAGGUGGCUGCUGCUAACCUGGCUGGGGUUGGGACACCCUCCCUACCCAGCCAGCCCUUCAAAUGUGAAGAAUGGACCAUUGCUGUACCUGGGCCACCCCAUGAUGUCACAUGCACAGAAGUUAGGAAGGACUCUUUGGUUUUACUGUGGAAGGAACCAGUUUAUACUGGUCGUAGUCCCAUAGCUGGUUAUUAUGUUGAUAUGAAGGAAACUGAAGCAAAGGAGGAACAUUGGAGAAGUGUCAAUGAGAAGCCACUUCAAAAGAAAUUCUUGAAGAUAGGUGGCCUAAAAGAAGGUGUGAGCUAUGUGUUUCGUGUGCGGGCAACAAACCAGGCCGGUGUUGGGAAACCAUCAGAUGUCACGGAUCCUGUCAUAGCUGAAACACGACCAGGAACCAAGGAAAUGGUGGUUGAUGUAGAUGACAAUGGAGUAAUUUCCUUGAACUUUGAAUGUGAUCAGAUGUCUCCAAACUCUAAGUUUGUUUGGUCCAAGAAUUAUGAACCAAUUGAGGAUGACUCUCGACUGAACAUUGACUCCAAAGGCGGAAAGUCAAAAGCUAUCUUUAAGGAUCUUGGAGAAGAUGAUUUGGGAACUUACUCUUGUGUUGUUACAGACACUGAUGGAGUUUCAUCAAGCCACACAAUCGACGAGGAAGAAAUGAAACGCCUGCUUGCUCUGAGCCAUGAACGCAAAUUCCCAACUGUCCCACUUGUCUCUGAGUUGGCAGUGGAAAUUUUGGAAAAAGGAGAAGUGAGAUUCUGGUUGCAAGCUGAAAAACUGUCUGGCAAUGCAAAGGCCAACUUUGUAUUUAAUGAUAAAGAGAUUUUCAAUGGAGAGAAAUAUAAAAUGAAGGUGGACCAGAAGACUGGCCUUGUUGAGAUGAUUAUGGAUAAACUUGAGGACAAGGAUGAAGGGACUUACACUUUCCAACUGCAGGAUGGAAAAGCAACCAACCAAUCCAGCCUUGUCCUUAUCGGUGAUGUAUUCAAGAAGCUGCAGGAUGAAGCAGAUUUCCAGAGAAAAGAGUGGCACAGGAAACAAGGUCCUCAUUUUGUGGAUAAACUGGGAUGGGAAGUUACCGAUGACUGUAACGUGAUGUUGAAAUGUAAGGUGGCUAAUAUCAAGAAGGAAACACACAUUGUAUGGUACAAAGAUGACAGGGAGAUAAUGGUAGAUGAAGAACAUGACUUUAAAGAUGGCGUGUGUACUCUGCUGAUAUCAGAGUUUUCUAAGAAAGAUGCGGGCACUUAUGAAGUCAUACUGAAGGACGACAGAGGAAAGGACUCCAGUGAGCUAAAGCUUAAGGACACAGCUUUUGCAGAUCUGAUGAAUGAAGUAUGCAAAAGGAUUGCUUUAUCUGCGACAGACCUGAAAAUCCAGAGCACAGCUGAGGGUAUCAGACUGUACUCCUAUGUUACUUAUUAUGUGGAAGAUCUAAGAGUAGGCUGGGUGCACAACGAUACCCAGAUUAGGUUUACAGACCGAGUGAAGACUGGUGUCACCGGGGAGCAGAUCUGGUUGCAGAUCAACGAGCCAACUCCACAGGACAAAGGCAAAUACACAAUGGAACUCUUUGAUGGUAAAACAGCACACAAAAAGACAGUGGAUCUUUCCGGACAAGCAUUUGAUGAAGCCUUUGCCGAGUUCCAGAGAUUAAAGCAAGCUGCGAUUGCAGAGAAAAAUCGUGCACGGGUACUUGGAGGUUUGCCCGAUGUUGUCACCAUCCAGGAGGGCAAGGCACUUAAUCUUUCUUGCACUGUCUGGGGAGAUCCUACCCCAGAGGUCUCAUGGCUGAAGAAUGAAAAAACAUUUGUAUCAGAUGCUAAUUGCACCCUGAAAUUUGAAUCUGGAAAAAAUGUCAGCUUUACCAUUUCUACUGUGUCCACACUCGACUCUGGGAAAUACAGCAUUGUGGUGAAGAACAAGUACGGCACAGAGACCAGCGAUGUCACUGUGAUUGUGAUUUCUGUGUCAGGACAGACUGACACAGUCCAAGGACAUGAUCAAAAUAAUAUAAGUGUAUCUAAAAAGAAAAAAACAAUGACGGCAAACAAACGGAAGGAAGGGGAAAAGAAAGAUUUUAUUAAGCCACAUGUAGAAGAAAUUAUUGCUACAGAAGAGGCACCUGAUCCAAAUGAAAUCCCCCCUGUGGAAACAGAAAAGGAUACAAAAAGCAACCAGCAAGCAGCAAAGACGACUGAUGGAAAGGCAGCAGUAGCAGAAAUGGUUCCUCAGCCCACAGAAAGCUUGGAUAGGCAGGGAAAGAAACCCCUGGGAAAAAGCCUUGAGUAA